AGAGAGCGACUGUGUCUGUCUCUCCCUCCUCCCUCGUCCAUCAGCAUAUAACGGCGCAACGCGUCCACCAAUCUGUGCAGCGAGAGGACCACCCCAACCCCUGAACCUGAAUCUACCCGCCCUGCCUGCUUAUAAAUACUGCUUGAAUAACACCGGCAAGUCGUCAGAAACGCUCAGGGUUGCAGCAGAACACCUUAUCCCCUUCAUCGUUUCUCUGUUUUUUAAGAAAAUCUCACACAUCAUCCAUUUCACUCUCAUUCUUUCCCCUUUUUCCGAACUGUAGUUGUUGUUGCGGCCAGUUGCAUGCAUUUUUCGUCUCCCAAAAUGGUUUGCGAGACUAAAAUUGUUGCGGAUGAACACGAUGCUAUACCUGGGACCAAAAAAGAGUCGAUCAUGUGGAGCUCUCCUCCGUCCAGUGCGGCUCUGAACCCCUCCGAGGCAACGGAUGUGAGAAAAGAUGCGGUUUUUAUCCGCGAGUUCGAGUGCGGGGAUCAAGAGGAGGUGCGGCGCAUCUUUUAUGAGGGCAUUAUGGAGAGGAUACCCAAUACGGCGUUUAGGGGGCUCAGGCAGCAGCCCAAGACUCAGUUUUUAUAUGCUCUUCUGACAGUAAUGUGCUAUUUCGUGACCAAUUCCGUCACACUGACCUGCUGUGCGCCACUCAUUCUCAUGGGUGCGCGCUACUACUACAGCAGGAAAGUUAUCCACGGUUAUCUGGACUGUGCUCUGCACACGGACAUGGCUGACAUAGAGGCUUAUUACAUGAAACCCACAGGCUCCUGUUUCUGGGUGGCAGUGCUCGACGGACGUGUGGUGGGGAUCGUGGCGGCGAAAGGCCGCGAGGAUGACAACCGAGUGGAGCUGCGGCGCAUGUCGGUGGACUCUCGGUACCGCGGCAAAGGCAUCGCAAAGGCACUGGGUCGUCGUGUUCUGGAGUUCGCCGUGCGCAACAACUAUGCUGCUGUGGUCCUGGGCACGACGGCUGUCAAGUUGGCUGCUCACAAGCUGUACGAGUCACUGGGCUUCCGCCGAACGGGCCAGAGCGAGGACUACAGGCUCCCCGGGAUGAACCGCUCACCACUGGAGAGGCUCUUCUUCCAGAUCCGCUACAGCCGCUACCGCCUGCAGCUCCGUGAGGAGUGAGAGGUGACAGGGAGAGGGAGAGAGAGAUGGAGAGGGGGAGAUGGAGAAAGAGAGGGACAGAGAGAGAGAGAAGAGAGAGACCAACGACCCUCCUUCACCCAGAGCCCCGACCGCAUCCUCUCCUCUGACAGCUUUUAUUUAUUUUGUGUCAUUAGAGAUAACUUUGAGUACUUAACACUUCUACUAUUUCAUCUUUAAAGUCACUAACUUUUUCAUUACUUUUAUGCUUUUGUUGCUGUUGUUUUUGUAUUAUACUUUUACAUUUUAAAUAAGUUUCCUCUAUUUUAUUAAGCUAUUUUUUGUACCUUUACUCCUCCCUUUUCAUUUUGGGAGAAAAAAAGGCUUUUAUAGAAGACAUCUAACUGGCACCCCAACUAGGCACCCUCCCCUGCCCCUUUGGUUUUAAGAUGAUGUGACUCUGAUCAAUACUCCCAUUCAUUACUACUCCACAACACCCUCUUUACCCCUCCCCCAUUACCUCAAGCCCUCCCUUCCCUCCCACAUUCUCCUUAUUUCCCCACAGCAAAAUUCAACAGACGGGUGUAGAUGCAGGAGAGUGCAAUGAGACAUUAACAUUCUGUGUCAUAGGGGGUGGACAGAACAAUGGAUGGGUUGGGAGGGGCAGAUAUGGCUUCCUCAAGAGCAAAACACACAAAAAGUGGUGGGGGAGCUUGUGGUACACACUCUUUUUUAGCUCUUCAAUGCAACAUUUUGUGUGUGCAUUGUGGACAUGCAUGCUCACACAAAACAAGUAAUUGGGCUUUUAGCCAGUCUCUCUCAAGACACCAUAUUGAAGCACAGCAAGAGUGUGUUACUGACCCCCAUAGUGAGAGAGAAGGAUGACAGGAUGGUUACCGGAAUAUGCACUGUGUAUCAUGCGUCCUAGACGGACUUGGAUAAACACAGUACAUCUUCCUCACACGCCCUCCUCUUCAUUCCUCUUACUGAUUCUUUUUUUUGGAUCUCUCCUUCCUUCCUAUUGUUUUAUUAAUCAUUGCUUUUCUCACUGGAGCUGUGGAGAGGGUCUCUGAUUGGUUGAGGUGACAGGAGGAUGGAGCUUUCUCGCUAACAGAUCCCAAGAUACAAUAUAGCUGCAUGUCAGAGCUUGUGUGUGUGUGUGUAAGUGUGAUUGUUGAGAUUAUGUGACUGUGUGUGAUUUUGAUGAGGCUAUGGUCAUUACACUGUGCCUCAACAGUGUAUGACGAACAAUUUACCUAUUUUUAUUUUUGCGUGAAGAGACACGCACCUUUCUUGAGUCCAGUAUUAUCUAAGUAAACAACUACUUUCUUUGUGUACUUAACAUACAUAAAUUGUUUACUGAGUGAAGAAAGAUACAUUCUAACAUUUUGAAUAUGUUUAGUAUUUGAAUGAUAAUUAGUAAUUUUAUAACUUUAAACACAUAUUACCACAUUGUAAUAUGCAAAUUUUACUGUCAAAACUACGACAAUUACAAAGUAGCUGCAGCCUUCACUCCACAUACUUAAUCCAGGUUAUUGGGGAACAACUUGGGUAAGACAAGACUACUAGCAAUACUUGCAAACCUACAGUACAUGACUGAGCACAAACAGCAAAUAAUUAUUUAAACCAACAUAUUGGCAUUAGUAUUCCCCCUUCUCCAUGUAUUUAUAUUGUGUAAACAGUUGAAAACUCACGUAGUGAACAAAACAUCAAAGUAUUUCCCAUAACACCUCUCUCCAUCUCCAUCCUCUGACCAUACAACCAGCAGUAGAUUCAGCCAUCCACGACUCUGAGCCUAAGUUAUGUCAUCAUACCAUUUGUAAAAAGUAAAAUAUAAAUCAAAAUACAACAAAAAAAUCACAUAAGAUGAAAAAAAAAGAAAAAAAAUGAAUACAAAUGUAAUCAUCAUGAAGUUAAUGACCCUCCUUGCCUUGCUGCCAGCCCCCCCCCCCAUCCCAAAAAAAAGACUCUCCCUACCACCCAUUCAUGAAUCUGUCUGCAACCCUGGGCUAGACCCCAUACCUUCCAUCUGAACCCUCCACUGACUUUCCCUAUGCCAGGCCCCACCCAAUUCCUGCCCAUCUCUGCAUGCGCCACAGAGCCUUGCUGCACUGCUUUUAUUAUUCCAUUAGAAGCUUGGUGGACGAAGCCUAGACCCUGCGCCCCUACUCUGAUGUCAUCUAGGCAGUGUGACGCUCUGGGACAGGCUGGUGCCAGGUUGCAAGGGUGAUGUAUGGUUGGACGAGUAUGGGUGUGAUUCAGAAGACACAGAAAGUGAGAGAGAAAAUGUGUGUGUGCGUGUGUGUGUGUUCAGAGUUGGUGCAGAGUCACUCACUAACUGCAGCACCGUCUGGAUGACAUCAUGCCUGCCAGCCAACCAACUGUAGAAUGCAAAAAGCAAUGCAAAGUGUGGCAUGCCUCUGUAUCCGGUGUGUGUAUGGUGCCUGCCCUGGAAAAGUUUAGAAGAAAAAAAAUCAACUAAUUUAUAUACGAUAUAUAUAUAUAUAGAAAAGAAAAUAAGCUUCUUUUUUAAAAUGAAAAUAUAAAAGAAAUGUGUGUUACUUUGUUUGAAAAAAGAAAAGAAAAUUGUAUUAUUUGCAUGAAAUGUGUCUUUGAAUGCAACACUUUUAAGGGAGAAACUCCUAGCACAUGGCAUACAGUGGAACCAUAGAUGUGUCUUUUUUUAUAAUGGUUUAUUUUAUUUGAAAUGAUUAAAAUAAUUCUCUAGGAGUGAAAUUAAUACCAGCCACAAGCCAGUGCUCAUAAAUAUUUCAGAGAUAUCAGUUUCUUAAAGCCUUGCUAUAUUUGAAAGCGGCUAUUGAUAUUCAGAUUUAUCCGUCACUGGCUGGAGGACAAAAAAGUUAGUUUCCUUCCUUGAUCACAGUGGGAGUGAGGGCAUAUGACUGAAAGCAUCAUAGCUCUUCUUCUAUUAAACCAGCUUGUGGUAAAGGUCACAAACACUUUGCAGAACUAAGAAUGAUGCAAGAGAUAAACAUUUUUUCCCAUGCAGUGCACAAUAUUUCAUCCACUAAGUUAUUUGCCAAGUUUAUCAUAUGCAGAUAAAGGAAAUGCAGGCUGCAGGAUAGUGUAAUAGUUUUAAGUGACGGUCAAAUGUUUAGACUCUGCUCCAGCUGACACAGGCAAUAGCUGCUUCUUGUUAAAAGUGUCCUCAAACGCCACACUGACCUUCUAUCUGUGUCAGCUAAAUGCCUAAAAUAUACAAUACAUACCUGAUUGAUUUUGCAUCUAACUUUGGAUUAAACUUUCCACAAUAUAAUUUUUUAUAAUUAGGUAUGUACAUACAUACAGUCGCCUUUAGCUAUUUAAAGCCGUUGAGAUGCUUAUGUAUGUCAGGUCCCCCUCCCAUCCUUUGUUUAAGCCAUGUCUAGAGGAGGUUUAGCUACUGACAAGUUCUUUGUCUUUUAAUUAGAGCCAACCGAAGUUUUACUUCUACAAAGUAAAAGCAAGGCACACAUGCACUGAAAACAUCAACCAGUAUUGUUUUAAAAAAACACAUCAGAUGUUUUCAUACAGGAACAUGUGGAGGAUGCCUCACACCACCUUGAUGCAUCUGCUUUGAACUUGGUUGUUGCUGGAGAGUCAAUAGAGGACCAGACUGUAUUUUGUGACAUAUCUGGAGCAACAGCUACCACUGGCCUUCACAUUGCAUUUACAAACUUCCUAUGAAGCUAAGGAGGAAAUUAGGAUACAACAGCCAAACUAGUAUGAACACAAAAUAUGAUAUCACAGUUGUGAAAUGUAAGUGCCAGUGGUGCUGAGGCUUUAGAUAGAAACAACACAGCGGACACAUUUGGAGUGUCAAAUAACUUAUGUUAGUUAUCGCUGCCGGUGUGUUUAGGUCCUUACUAAAUGACUCAACCCAUUCUUUAUAAGACUUGGGUGAGGUCCGAAGGUUAAGAGUGAGAGGUGGGCUUUGCUGAGGUGGAUUGUAAAAAACAACCUGUGGAUCUUGUGGAAGAAUGUGAAGUCUGUCAAUUCUGAGCCAAUUCUGCUGCUGCCAAUCUCAGUUUUUGCCUGCUGAAAUGCAAAAUACUCCAUGUAUGUUUUUUGGAGAAACUAUUAUCCAUACUGGUACAUUUUCUGAACAAAGGUAAUAUCAUUCAAAAAGCCUUUGCCAAGGCCUUAUACACCGGAAUCAAACGCUGGAGUUCAAAUAUCUUGUGGACUGCAUGGCUUUAGUUAUUUAAGGGGUGACUUUGAAUUGUAAAGGUGAAGUGCACUGACUAUAAUGCAUUUAUUUCAAGUCUGAGCAAUGUCUGUUUUCUACUUAAUGUGAAUAAUAUGCCAUCUAAAGUCUCACCUCCCAUUUAAACCUGGUAAUACAUACUUAAUGUUAGAAUGUAGUAAUUAAACUGUAUGCAACUUCUACCCGAGUGUACAUUUAGUUACAAACCAUUCCUCUGAAAUGUUCUGCUGAUGUACAAUCCAAAAACAUCCUCACACGUUUUUUAUUUGGUUUUCUGUGGUUUGUUUGAGUGCGAGUGUGCUGUCCUAUUGGUUGAGGUUUGAGAUAGUAUGCUGCAUAAAGGCCUCUCCUGCUGGUGAAGGCUCUUUUAGUUUUGAGUGCUUUAGAUCCCCAAAAUGAUCAUCUGAUGCUCUCUGAUGGCAGACACAGAGGCACAAGCUGAGGCUAAUGAAGCCAAAGCUUCAACUUCAACAGUUUAAAAAAAAAAAAAUAAUUAGUAUUUGUCACGAUCAAUAUUUAAUUCGGUUUAUCUACUGGUGAAGGAGCAUAGAAUUCAAAACUGCACAAAUGUACAGAUCCUGUGGGUGUGUUGUGUUGAUGGUGUGUGUCCAUGCUUGACAGCCUUGGGGCCGAACACUCACAGGCAUGAAUGUAAACUGCCAACAUUUAAGGUCUUAGAACAUUUUUUGUUUUAAAUCUUUCCUGGUUGCUUUUUACUUUAUGAAUGAGAAGGAUACGAGAAAAAAAGUUGAAAAGCAGCUAUUGUUUAUUUUAUUAAGUGACUAAACCACUACAUUAGAUUUUAGACAUUUAGUGUGAUUGUAAAUAGCCGUAUUUCUGCUUGUUGUUAAUGUAUUAUUUACUGCAACCUGUCAUCUUUGCCGGUUUUAACCAAUCCUGAUGGAGUUCAUUUUUGUCUCAGAAGAUGGCUGUCACAUGGAAUGUUCCACCUACCGAGGAGGGCGAGGGGUGAGGGAGGAAUGUGCCACAUUGGCAGUUAAAUAGGGGUGUGUGGUGGGACUGCGGGAGGAGGUCUGCAGCAACAGAGCUCCAUAGCAUGGACUCCCUCUCUCUCUCUACCUCUGGUGAGGAUUUUUGCUCCACUGUGGCGAUUACAGAAGGACUUACUCUAGACUGAGGCCACGGGUGCCAAGAACACAUAAGCACUUGUAGCACAACUGUGUCUUGUUUUGCUAUUAAAGUACAGAUAGUUUUGAUUUUUUACAUUUCCUAUGAAGAAUAUGGAUAAAGUUUCUCUUUCUCCUGUAUCGACUGUAUGUAUCAUAAGCAUAUAUACAAGACAUGAUACCAUAAUGUAUAAUUUGCAUUACGACCCAUGGCUAAUUUUUGAGGUGGAAAUUUGCCAAAGGUGACAGUAAUUUCUGCAUUUUUUUCCUUAUGCGGCUAUAUAUUGUUCUACACAAUCCUGUACUUACUUCGUAUUAUUUGGAGAGAAAAAAACCUGCCCACGUGCCAUCUAACCAAGCAAUAAAUACAAACAGAAAACCACAAAAUAAUGCUUAAUAUGCAUAUUAUCAACAAUGAUUUUAUUAAAAACAUGAAAUGCUGCAUUGAUGUGAUAUCCCUUAUACUGUACCAAUUAGUGGCAGUGAUGCCAUCACAUUAUUGGCAUUGCAACAUUACCACUCAUUACAUCGAAGCCUGAAGGGGUGUUUGAUUGUAAAAUGUUUCUGUUUUUUGUAUUUUUUCUUUACAAAGAUGUUUUUUUUAAAACCCGAAGUUGAAGUACACAGGUGUACCUCUGCAAAUUUGUACAGAUGUCAAUAGGAAAUGACAAGAGGGGGAUAAUGGAUGCUAAAGAAUGAGCAGUUCAAGCAGACAGGAAAAAAGAUGGUGCAGCCCCAUUCUGAAAGUGCAAUCUGCUGUAUGUCUCUUAGCUGAGCUUUUAUUUAACCACAAAGACUUUCGACUUAACUUGUACCACUGAGACAUGCACUGCAACUUCACUACCACAACUCUGUCAGUACAAAUUGAAAAAUAAUCAAUUAAAAAUCAACAGCAAGAAUCACAAAUCAUAAACAUGUUUCUCACAAGUGGGAUUCAAAGUCUUUUUUUUUAUUGGCAAAUUAGCUACUGUAAAGUUGUAAAGUAUAUUUUACUGUAAAUAGCAUCUGGGGGUCAUUUUUACUCCUUUUGUAAAAGAAACUGUGGAUUCAAAAUAUUUAAAAUAUAUAUUUUAAAGAUAUUUACAGCACUAAUAAAGAGCUUAUACAGUAGUGCAGGUGUCUUCAUCUGUAUUACCUCAAAACAAUCCCAUACUGACUAAUCACUUUCAGGGGCUACAAAGCGAGCCAUCUUAGCCUUGGUGUCUCUAUCCCAGGCUGAUGGGUUCAGACAUAGCCUUCCUUGUCCUGCCUGUCUGCUUGAACUCUCAAGUCACCAGAGAGAGCCAAGAACACUGCAACAGCAGCAGCUCUGUUAGCUUAUAGCACACACCAGCCAGGGCCAUGAAUAUCAGUGGCUCUGGACUGAGCUAUCUAGCUAUUGCAGACUGCUGCAAUGCAAGGGGCUCUCUCUGCCCUGGAGCCAUGUCAUGGCUGUUGUCUGUUGCCAGGAAACCGACCCACACAAAGCACAGCAGGGGAUUGAUAUGCAGCCACACUGUGGGGAGGCAGUCAGGUCAACAAUCUAUCUAUCUAAAGCAAUCUAUGAUAGAAAAAUGGAAGGAGGGAUUGAUACAUAACUGGAUGAGAUGGAUGGACUUGGGGGGGAAGGGAGUUAAAUGGUCUUUGAGGGAACUUUGAAAACCUGGGGUUAGGACAGGGGUGCUUUGGCUACGGUGAGGAAUUUGAGAGAAGAGGCCCCAUGUAAACUAGAGCAGUGAGAAAAUAGUGCCAGGGUCCCAUAGGGUUAGAGAGGUUACAGGGAGAGAAAGAGAGGAAAAGCAGGGUCAAAAUGACAUGGUGUGGGAGAAGAUUUUCAUGUAAUACAGUAAUAAGGUUAAGUAUGAUGUGAUGAUUUUGCAGAUUUAGUGAUUCCCAGGGAGACAGUGCUUAAGAUGAAGAGGCAUGUUCAUAGGUUCAACCAGUCUGCCCGACCUCAGUGAGACUGCAGUGACAACCUGGUCUUUAUUGGGGUCUAUUAGCUUUCAGUUCCCUUUCUGCCAUUCCUUUGGAAGACUGAUGUAUUACCACACCAGUAUUACUAUUAUUAUUGUGAUUAUUAACCUUUUCUUUUAUACUGACAAACACUUGGAACACUGUAUAGAUGUAAAGAUGGGAUUUCCUGCAUUAUGACGAUUGAAACAUGGAUGUAAAUAUAUUGUAUCAAUUAAAAAUGAUGAUGCAUUAAGCUUUUA